AUGUCCUUCGACCAGCCCAUGCCGCCCUUCAACGCGGGCGACCCGAGCGCGACCUUCGUCGGCACCUCGUGCCUCGACCUGCUGCUGAUCGAGCUCGUGCCCAUGGCGUACCGGAUCGCGAACGAGCUGGACGCCGCCGCGGCCGACAGCGCGCCACACCCCGAUGUUUCUUCCGAAGCGGCGAGUAGGACUGGGAGUAGUGUGGAUGCGGCUGGUGGUGGGAGUAGUAGUGUUGCGGGAGGAGGAGAUACGAGCUCGACGGCCGGGACGGGCACAGGAACGGGAAUGGGAACGGGGCCGGCGACGAGCUCGCGCAGCAGGCUGGAUGAGGAUGAGGAGCGCGAUGCUGUGUUUUUCCGGCUUGAGACGCUGGGGUAUCGGGUCGGGCUGGGGCUUGUUGAGCGAUUCUCCCGCGACCGCCCGCGCUUCAACGACACGCUCGACGCCAUCAAGUUCGUGUGCAAGGACCUGUGGAUGCUGGUGUUCAAGAAGCAGGUCGACAACCUCAAGACCAACCACCGCGGCGUCUAUGUGCUGACCGACAACUCGUUCCGGCCGCUGUCGCGCAUGAGCACCGACGCGGGCGGGCAGGCCGUCGCGCGGGCGCAACCUUUCCUGUGGUUCCCCUGCGGCAUACUCAAGGGCGCCCUGUCGGCCAUGGGCAUCAACGCCACGGUGCAGGCCGAGUCGAGCGAGCUGCCGGGCGCCGUCUUCCAGAUCAAGACGAUACCCACGAAGCAAUGA